AUGAAUGACAAUGUCAAUAAGGUCAAAUUAUGGUCAUCAAUUAGCAGCACUGAGGAUAUUCUACCUCAACUGAAUGUUAUUCAAGCAAAUGAAAGCCAAAUAAAUGAAAAAUAUGAGAGAUUUCUUGGUGUCCUACAGAAAAACCUUGAUAACAAUCAAAAAUCAACAACAUCGUUAUCUAAAGUCGAUAAUUUUCACGAUAAGAUCACCUUUCCUCUAGGCUUGAUGACCCAAGUAGUAGACAAGAAAUACCUCGAUUCUUUCAUUUCACAUAGCAGUUUCGAUCCAAACUCUGAUACCAGCAUCAAGCAAUUAGCUAAAACUGAUGGAAGGCUCUAUUUUUACAUGUUAUUGGAAGACCUUGAUACUUAUUUCAAGGCAAUGAAGGACUUCAAUUAUGUUGAUGAUAGCAAGAGCUUCAAAGUCAAAUUCAGAUGGGCCGAUCUUGUAUUUAAUUUCUCACCCCAUCUCAAUUAUUUUGAAUAUGAAGGUUUUAAUAAAUGGGAAGAGUCCGUUCACAAAUUUGUUUCAAAUACGGAAACAUUCAGGGCUCCUUUAGUUUAUGCCACAGACACCGGUGAAAUGAAUAAUAUCACUUGUGCAUUGAUCCUAGAUCGCAUUGCUCUGGUGAAUAACCUUCAGAUAACAUCGGAAGAGACUAAUAUUGAUUGCAAGAGUAUUAAUGAGGGUCUAUCUUUCAACUACUUUAAAUAUUUGGAGCGCCCUUCGUCUGCUUCGCUAUAUUGGAUUUCAAACAGAUUAGAUUAUAAAUUCAAAAAGAAUCCAUUGACCUACUUCAACGUGGAUAAUUUGGACUAUAUCAAACUUAUAAAUUAUAAUUACCGUAUUGCUGAUAUGGCUCAGCCAUCGCAAUUUUUAAUUCUUGAUGACAUAUUGGGAACUUUCAAAGUGCCUGUGAAUGAGGACUCGGGAUCUCACACAUACUAUUAUAGUUAUUAUUUCCGCAGACUACAGUCGUACAUUGAAAAACUAGGGAUGAAUUCAUUCCCUGAGAAUCUCAAUAGGCUUUUUGGAGGUAUUAAUCCCAAGAAAAAAUUGAGAUCACAUCAGGAAUUAGUUCGUGAUGACAAUUUACGAUCUUGUUUCCCGCAUUUGAAUAUUGACACUCAAUUCAUUCCCCCUAUUAAAGCUCCGGGGAUCAUGAAGACUGAGAGAAUUAAUGAUUCUCAAUUCGAAUAUUCACUUCAACAAGUAAGACAUAUGUUCCAGAGCACAAACUCAACAAGAGAUGAUAUAAAUUAUGAACAAUCUUUACUCGAAAAGUUUUCCUCUCACAUAGAUACGAAUGUUUUGAAUUAUGAAGAUCUAAAUUUUAUUGAACUUGAUGAGUUGGGAUUGUUUCCUUCAAGCGGCUAUUUGGCUUCACAGAGGUCCAAACAAAAACUGGGAAAGUAUAUACCACAGUAUUUUCAAGAGGAGGUGUUUAAUUAUUCUCAUCGAAAUUUUGAUUGGAGAUUUUGCCAAGGAGUGGGAAUUUCAAUGGACCAAAUGUUGUUUAUUAAUAAUAGACUUCUCAGGUCUUGGUUCAAAUUCACUCGGCAAUUAAACAUAAGCUCUUGGAUAUCCGGGAAUGAUUACUACACUUUGAAGAACUGGGAAGCAUAUGGGGUUUUAAACGCUGAUACCUCUGUUAACCCAGUGAAUGUGGAGAUUUCAUUCCAAUCAUUGUUAAGAUUGAUUAAGGAAAAUUAUAACUAUACUAUUUUGUAUGAUGGCACCUUCGAUGACAAAAACUAUGCCAAUGCCAAGGUGCUUGACUUGGGCUCCACUGCCUUUUUACUCGAUAUCAAUCCAUAUUUCACAAACAGAAAAAACAAACAGGCGAAUUGGCAAAAUGUUGUUGAUGCUAGAUUAAUAGAUAUAGGAAGUGGCUUAUUUAUUAAUAUUAAUGCAUUGGUAAAAUUAAGCUGGGAUGAAGAAACAAUUGAUGAGUUUACGAAUUGGAGUGGUCUUGAUCAAUUUGGGUUACUCAAGUUACAUGAUAAUAAUAAAUCGAUGAGGAUUAAUGAAAUCAUCUAUCAAUGCACAAAACAAAUUUCUGCUGAUCAGACAGAUCGACCAUUCCCGGAAACUGCGAUUAUAUCCGGUGAAUCAAUGGCACGGCUGGAAUCAUCGAAUGAUUGCGUUCAGGGGUUGACAAAUAAUCUUCCAAAAUAUAGGGAAGAAUUCUUGAAGAAUAUGUCGGAUGCUGUUUCAGCAGGACAGCCUCCGUCAAUUUACCAUGACAAGAAUAAUAACUUUGAAUAUCUCCAGUAUGGCGAACAAUUUACAGUUAUCCCAGUCUUACUAGAUGGCAUGAUUGUCUAUAUUCCAAAGUCUUAUGCAAGACACUUAUUAAUUAACGAACCCCCAAAUUAUAAAGAGGACAGAGUAGUGAACACUGGGUAUGAUGAAUCAAUUUACCAAACCAUGAAAGAACAGCACGCAGAACAAAUGCUGGUUCUUAGUUCGUUUACUGAUGAUGAGCAUGUCCCGGCGUUAGAGGAGCACGCGUUAUUUAGAAACGAUCCUAGGAUAAGGAACCUUGCCUACCAUUAG